CUCCAAGAUGGCGGUGAGUGAAACAUAUUUCUUUGGAGUCUGUGAAUUUUUUUUCUAAAAAAUCUCUCAAUAUCUUGCGAAUCAAUAACAAAAAUGGACACGGCAAAAGCUCCACCCAAGCAGAGUGCAAAGAAAGAGAAAUCGAAAAAGGAGCCUAAGGAUCCAUCAAAAAAUGUUAUGCGAGAAGUCCGUAUCCGUAAAUUAUGCUUAAAUAUUUGUGUCGGAGAAUCUGGAGAUAGAUUAACUCGUGCCUCCAAAGUAUUGGAGCAAUUGACAGGUCAACAACCAGUCUUUUCAAAGGCUCGAUACACUGUUCGUUCUUUCGGUAUUCGUAGGAAUGAAAAAAUUGCCGUACACUGCACAGUUCGAGGAGCUAAGGCCGAGGAAAUUCUUGAACGUGGUUUAAAAGUACGAGAAUACGAAUUGCGUAAGGAGAAUUUCUCUGACACCGGAAACUUCGGUUUUGGAAUCCAAGAACACAUUGACUUGGGAAUUAAAUACGAUCCAAGUAUUGGAAUCUAUGGCUUGGACUUUUAUGUCGUAUUAGGGCGACCUGGAUUCAAUGUAGCUCACAGGAGGAGAAAGACUGGAAAAGUUGGAGCUCCACACAGAUUAAAUAAGGAAGACGCAAUGAAAUGGUUCCAACAGAAAUAUGAUGGUAUCAUAUUAUCCGGCAAAAAGUAAUUUACAUAAUUUUUUGUAUUUUACUUUUUUAAUUAUAAUAAAAAGAUAAAACGACA